ACUAGUUUUGUUUAUGCGUAGACCACCGUAGACGACAUGGAAGUUUGUGAGGUUAUGCUGUGUGUAUUCCCUUAGUUUUCCUGUAACAAUUUAGUUUUAUUUGUUAAAACAACCUCUCUUUAGUUUAUAAAUUGUUAUAAAGAGAACGUACCAACCUCGUAAACCAUGCCGGCCGAGGAAGCAGAUGCACUGGCAAAGAAGAAGGCUGAGGCUCGGGCGGAGAAAAAAGCACAGAAAGCAGCACGUGCAAAGAAAGCGGCAAUGAGAGACCAAGCUGCAUCGCAAGUGGUUCAGCCUACCAAUGGUCCUAAAGUGCAAGAAAGUUCGACAAAUACUCAGAACAGUGCUCCGGAAACGAAACCUAGUUCUUUACAAGCUGAAGCGCAGGUCAAGUCAACGGGUGUUGACAGUAGUGCUCAGAAGACUCAGAAUGCAACACUGAAGGUUCAGAAUGCUACACCUAGGACUCAAAAGUGUGCUACAAAAACUGUGGAUAAUGUUCAGAAAGCACCACAGAAGCAGUUGAAGAGUGCCCCUGUAAUCAAAGCAGCAUCAACAAAGGCUGUUAAAAUUGUCAGUCACCAGCAGACGGUCAAGCCAAAAGACCCAGUUCAACAGAAUGCCAAAUUAUUUGUGCGUCUGAGUUCCGUCAAGAAAAGUGUAAUCGAGCCAGUUCCUCAGAACUUCCCUCCGUCGUUUGCUCGCUUGGUGGUUCAGUUCUCAGACGGCAUAGUAGUGGGGUCGAAUGCUCGUUGCGUGGCUUUCAUGGAAGCAGCGAGGCAGCUGAUAGAAAACUACGAAACUCCAGCUGAGAAGACGUUCAGUCGCGGGCUGGAGGAAACGCUUCAGUCGUGCUCGGAGUUCCUUCUCCAGUGCCGCCCGGUCUCCAUUUCGAUAAGGAACGCGUCGAAGUUCCUCAAGUGGCAGGUUCUCCACCUGCCGGACGAGCCGGAGGAGGCGCUGAAAGCCAGGCUGUACAAAGCCAUAGAGUCCUACACUUGGGAGCAGGUGGAGCUGGCAGACCGGGCCAUUUCCGGCACGGUGAAGCGGAAGAUAGUGGAUGGGGACGUGGUGGUGGUCUAUGGCUGCUCUUCGAUCGUGCAGCGCAUCAUCGAGGACGCCCACCGCGGGGGAGCGGACUUCCGCGUGGUGGUGGUCGACGGCCGGCCGUGGACGGAGGGCAAGGAGCUGCUGCGACGCAUCGUCGCCGCGGGCGUCAAGUGCUCGUACGUGCUCGUCACCGCCGCCAGCUUCGCGAUGAUGGAGGCCACCAAGGUGUUGCUGGGGGCGCACUCCCUCCUGUCCAACGGCUCCGCGAUAACGCGGGCCGGCGCGUCCCAGGUGGCCAUGCUGGCGCACGCCUGCAACGUGCCGGUGCUGAUGUGCUGCGAGACGCACAAGUUCUCGGAAGGCGCGCACACCGACGCGUUCUGCCGCGAGGAGCUGGUCGCGGACUCGGAUGCCUCUGCGAUCGUGUACGACAUCAUGCCGCCCGACUUUGUGACCGCGGUGGUCACGGAGGUGGCGGUGGUGCCGUGCACGAGCGUCCCCGUCAUCCUGCGCGUCAGCGCGUGAGGAAGAUUGCUGACUUGUGCCCGUGUUACUUCACCGAGUCUGGUUUGGGAUGCACAAAGGUUCAUUCUGCUUCUCUUUCUUGUACUGUUUGAGCAUUGCAAAUGGUUCUGAAUACUCACUCUUAAUGCCUGGCUAUGCAGACAAUCAGUAGACUCAACUUGUACCUUUUUGAAAAAAAUCAAUAUUUUUUAUGACCUACUUUCAGAUAGCGAUUGUAGCUAUUUAUCUCACACAAACUUAGUAUUUAAUAAUUAUUUUCUAUGUAUCUCCAUCCAGGUUUUCCUAUAUGUACGAUUUAUGUAAAUAUUUAUAAAAUUAAAUUGAGAUUUGAUAUUGUAUCAUAAUUUUUUUCGAUUAAAUUAAGUUAAAAUGCAA